CUCCCAAGUUGAAAAGCUGCAGUUUUUUCCACCCUCGGAAACCCUAGGCUAGAUUUGCCUCUCUUUCUCUCUCUCUCAUGGCCGAAGAAGAGGUUGUUGUGCCGGUGGCAUGUCCCGUGCCUUCCGAUCACAAACGGAAGCUGGAGGACUUGGAACCUACUGACUCUGAGCGCGCCGAACAGCCAGUGGAAUCAAAAGAAAAAGCAGAUGCGGAUAAUGGCGUGGCGGAGUCCGAUUUGUCGGAGGCCAAGCGUCCAAGGCUCGAUGAUAACAAUCCCGACAGUUUGGCGAUUGAAAAUGGAGGAGAGACGUUAGAAGAAUCGGUGAUGGAGCAGGAUGAUGAGAAGUCAGAGGAACCGGCGGAGGAGGAGCAAGAUGAUGAAGAGGCAGUCAAGCCUAAUGAGACAAAUGAGCAAGCAGAGAAUAGUGAACAUGAAUCUGAGGAAGCAGAAGCAACAGUGAAAAAUGAGCAACUUGAAAGAACGAUAGAACAAUCUUCUGCAGACAAUCAUGAUACUGGCGUUGAUGAGCAAGUUAAAGUUGAGAAUUCUGAUAUUGGUCAAGAACCUCCCAAAGAUGAAGAGAGUUCUCAGCAGGAGAUUGAUGAUGGUUCAGUUAUUUCCCGCAAAAUUGAGGUUCCAAAUGCUAAGGUGGGGGUUCUUAUCGGUAAAGCUGGAGAGACUAUAAGGUCCCUGCAAUACAAUUCAGGUGCAAAAAUUCAAAUCAUGAAGGAUGCAGAUGCUGAUAGGGAUGCUCCGACAAGGCCUGUCGAAAUAGUGGGGACUUUGAGUACUAUUAUCAAGGCUGAGAAGCUUAUAAAUGCUGUCAUAGAAGAGGCCGAUGCAGGGGGUUCCCCUUCCCUUGUAGCUAGGGGCCUUGCUACCAGUCAGGCUGCUGGAGCGGUAGACCAAAUUGAGAUACAAGUUCCAAAUGAGAAGGUUGGUCUGAUUAUUGGUAGAGGUGGGGAUACAAUAAAAGGGCUUCAGACCAGAUCAGGUGCACGCAUCCAGUUACUUCAACAUCUCCCAGAGGGGCAACUGUCCAAAGAGAAGACUGUCCGAAUUACUGGUGAUAAGAAGCAGAUUGAGAUGGCCAGGGAAAUGAUAAAGGAUGUUAUGAAUCAGACCGUGAGGCCAUCAUCUCAUUUUGGUGGUUUCAAUCAGCAACACUAUCGACCCCGUGGACCUAUGGGUCCAUCUCAAUGGGGUCCACGUGGCCAUCAUGUUCAGUCAAUGCCAUAUGAGUAUCAGCAACGGGGACCAUAUCCAUCUCAGAAUGCACAUCAUCAAGCUCCAAACUAUGGUGGUUAUCCUCAACAAAUGGCUCCAAGAAGUAACUUCGGUUCUAGUUGGGACCAAAGGCCUCAUAGCAUGCAAGGACCUCCUCCGCAGGGUGGCAGUUAUAAUUACUAUGGCAGACAAGGUGCUUCUGCUCCUCUUUCUAGUUCAAUUCCUGGGCAUGGUCCUGCACCUUCACCUGCUCCUGCCAUGGGGCCACCCCCUUCUCAGUCAAAUUACAAUUAUGGACAGCCUCAUGGUCCAGAUUAUGCCCAUCCACCAUACCCUCAGGCUGCUCCACAUCAGGGCUAUGGUCAAGGAUAUGAAGAACAUAAAUAUGGUAAUCAUGCUGCAGUGCAGCAUCCUUAUGGAGGGCAUGGUGCUUCUCAGCCUGGUUAUACACAGUCAGGUCCUCAACAAGGGUUUGCCCCACAACAGCCAUAUGGUAAGCCACCAUCAUAUGGCAUGCUGUCACAGGGACACCAUCCACAAACUUAUGGUCCUCCUACCAGUCAGCCUGGAGAUAUGGCCUAUCCAGGUCCUGCAUCAGCCCAAUACAGUUCAAGUGUGCCACCUCAACAGCAAUACCCAUAUGGAUCAGGUGGGUCUGUGCAACAAAGUUAUCCUCCAUAUGGCUCUGCACCACCCAGUGAUGCAUAUAAUCAGGCUUCAACGGCAACUGCUCCUGUGUAUCCACAGCAAGGUAACCAGCCUGUUCCUAGUUAUGGUCAGCCUGCUGCUCCAAGUUAUGCUCAAGUAGGUGCUGAUGGGUAUGGGCAGUACCCCUCUUCACAACAGGGUUACACUGAGCAGCCAGCAGGAAACAAUGCCAGUUAUGGUUAUCAAGGUCUUCAAGAUCCUAGUUAUGGUGGUGGUGCUGGGUCAACAUACAGUGCACCAGGUAGCCAACCAGGGUAUGCCCAGCCAGCAACAACUCAACCAGGCUUUGAUCAGAAUGCCUCACAAUCUGGUGGUUAUGGAGCUACAGCAGGGGGUGCACCAGCUCCAUAUGCAAAAACUGUGUCUCCCCAGCCCGGAUAUCCUCAGUAUGAUUCGACCCAGAUGUAUGCUGCUCCUCAUUGAAAUUUUGCUGUUGUACUAUUAAUGUGUUUGGACUGUAGAGUAAUUUAACCAGUAUUCUGGUAGCUAGUAGAGCUAGUUUUGUCCUUCUGUUUUUUUUUUUUUUCUUCUUCCUAUUCUCAUUUUCCAAUAGGCUGUGUAUAUGCCUGUUUGAGAAAGUAGAUGUAUUUUCUAAGAUUUCUUACUUGCACUCUUUUUAAUGUUGCCCUAUUACUUAAUUUACUAUGAAUGGUUUUGCCCUA